CAACAGGUGUCUCAAGAGGAUUAAGGAGUUGAAGAAGCAGAUGCUGUGUCUUCCUCUUGUUGGACAACCAACAAGUUGUUUAUAUCUGAAUACAAUUUCCUAAGUUACCUACUGAGCGAUACCAUCUGAAUGAUACAUGUAAUUUUUACAAAAUUAAUAUCAAGGGAACACAAUGGUCAGAACUGCAGUCAUACACUUAAAUGCAUUUUAAAAUAUGCAAACACCAGGGGCCUCAUUUAUAAAGCUUUGCGUGGGAUUCACGUGGAAGCUGGCAUACGGAAGAAAUGUAGGAUGUACGUGCGAACAAAAAUAUUCGGAUUUAUAAAACAGUGCGCACUCACGUCCUACGCCUGUUUCCCUUUAUAAAUCACAAUCAACUCUAAAUCUGGCGCAGCUUUGGCGGCUGUGUGGCACGCCCAUAUUGCCUAUAAAUAGUCAAUUAAACGCCCCUAAUUAAUAUUAAUUCUGGGCCAGCAGAGAAAGAAACAUGGCAAGCGCAGGAAAAAAAACAAAAAAAAGAAAUUUCUUAGACUGCGAGAUCGAAGUUUUGGUUGGGGAGGUGGAGAAAAGAAAAAAGAUUUUGUUUGGAGGGCACAGUAUGGGAGUCACUAAUGCCAAAAAGACUUUGGAGUGGCAAACUCUUGCUGAGGCAGUGAAUGCCACUGCAUCAGAAGAUCGGACUGUGGCCGAACUGAAAAAAAAAUGGUCAGACAUUAAAGUCGAGGCCAAAAAGCGCCUGGCGCACCAUCGCCAGAGCGUGUCUGCCACGGGCGGGGGAAAGGGGACGCCGGAACUGACCCCUCUUGAUGAGAGGCUGGCAGGCAUCAUCGGCGAGUCCCUCUUGAGUGGAGUGGUGACAGAGGCGGAGGGGGACACCGACGUGCCAGCAGAUGAAAUGGUUGCUGCAUGUUCCAGUGGAGAGGGUGUUGCAGCUGAACCUCCACGUGCCUCUCCGUCUCCGUCUCCGUCUCCAUCUCCAUCCAGCAGCGGGCGUGUCCUCACCGACGCAGUCCUUGCCAUGCAGAGGGAAACUAUUCAGUGCAUCAGGGAAGUGGCAGGAGAGUUAAAGGCCAUCAAGACAGUGUUGUCCGAAAUAAGCACAAAAAUGAAAUAAUUUGUUAAUAAACAAUUGUAUUUCCAUACCUUGUUUGGUGUUUUCACAACCGCCGCAUCACAGCCAAACGCUGGCGCACAGCCGCACC